AUAGGUGUAUAUCUAUAUCCUCGCCACAUUUAUUCUUUCACUCAGGCAGACUAUGGCACUCCAUUUUCUGGUUGUAGCUUUGACACUGAUUUUUCAGGUUUUUGCACAAGACGACUGUCCUCCAGGCUUCCAGGCCAAUGACGACGGAUGUCUCUAUGUGUCUAAUACUGAGGCCACGUGGGCUGGAGCGUUGGUAUGUACCGGAGUUAAACUAUCCCAACUUAUCUGGACAACAUCCAAUCUCUGUAUCGAAUAUGUAUAUAACGUUAUGUUGCUGUCGGUUUCCCCCUCAGAGUCGAGUUUCCAGUUUAGUACGAGAAACGAUUAUCACUAUCACUACCUGCACGACUCGGGACUGGACGUGACCGGACACACAUCAUUUACCUUCCAAGUGAAGGCGUGUCACGACGCUCACAUCGCCCUAUCACAGGACAAGGGCGUCGACACGAAAAACACGUACGAGAUCGUGAUUGGAGGAUGGGGCGACCAACAGUCAGUCAUACGAGACUGUAAACAAUGUGCACAAAUGGACGUCGAGAACCACAUGCCACACCCCCUCUCGUGCACUCAAUAUCGGCCAUUUUGGAUUAGCUGGGCAAAUAAUAUUAUCCGUGUCGGACAGGGGGACAUCGUAGGGAAGAGUCAGUUUAUGAUGUGGAACGAUACCUCCCCCCAUGACGUCAAUUAUGUUGCAGUAGCCACUGGUUUCGGUUCCAGUGGAGACUGGCAGAUUACAGUUGGUAACUACUGGCCUGGUCAGUUCUGGCUCGGACUCUCGGACCUUGCCGUGGAGGGGGAGUGGAUGUGGCUUCCUCAGCAGGGCAGUCUAACCUACACCAACUGGGGGCCAAACGAACCUGACAAUGCGCAGAACCGGGAACACUGUGCACUGGUUGACCUCCACAGGAACUACACCUGGUCAGACGACAACUGUGAGGAACGUAGGAAUUUUGUUUGCCAAUUAGAUCUGUAAAAUAUCCAUUCAGUAACAGGGUUUGAAAUAAAUACUUUGCAAGUGAA